CAAAGUCAGGCAUGGGACUCAAAGAUUGUAACAAGUGCUUGGUGGGUGUAUCCCCAUCAGGUUUGCACCCACAAGAGAAUAUCUUAUAGUUGGGAUUUUCAUGAUUCGUGGGAAAAAGAAUUUCCUUCCUCCACAUCCUCUUAUUAUGGGCUUUGGUAUUCUAUUCCGCUUGGAUGAGAGCUCCUUGGGAUCGCAUUUCAAUGAAAGGAGGGUAAAAGGUGAAGAUGAAGGCGGGCAUGAUGUUGAUGAAAGUGGGUCUUUCAUUGAAAAUUCUGAUUCUGGGUUUGAGAAGGAAAUAACUAUUGAAGGACUAAAAGAUAAGAGUGAAGAAUUGAAGGUUCCUUCAAAUUCAACUGAAGAUAAUUGCGAAACAAAAUCAGAUCUUGUAUCUGGAGUGUCAUCAAGCAGUGAGGCUACAUGGUAUGGAAUCAUCGACUGUACACAACUACUUGGGACAAAAAGAUAGUGACUCAGGUAUUUAUUCAGAGGCUAUUGUGAAGACUCCAACUCUAUAUAGAGAGGAGCUGUGUGUUGAGGAGUUGGUCGAGCAUGAACUGGGAUGCAUUUGUGAGGACUGUGCCUAUGGGGCAUCUUGAAGACGAUGUUAUUAUUUUCUCCUUCUAAUUCUUUUUUGUAUGUAAUGGAUGUAACCUUGAUGGGUAGUUACUUGUAAUUAUGAUAAGACAGGUUCAACAUUCUCUCUCUCUCUCUCUCUCUCUCUCUAUAUAUAUAUAUAUAUAAGUUCAUUAGUUGUAAUAAUCUUACCAUCUAUUAUACACUUGUGGAUUUUAGUUCA